GCUCUCCUAACACGACGCCGUCUCCAUGGCAUUCCAAGAUGGCGGCCCACGGACGGCACCCCAUUUUGUCCUCCAUGCCCCUUCAGGUCCUGUUUUAUUUGAACAGCUGGUAUUUUGCUGCCUUCUUUGUAGCUGAAAUUCUAAUGUUUAUCUAUAAAGGAAUCUUGCUGCCAUACCCUCAGGCUAAUCUUAUCCUGGAUAUUGUUCUGUUGCUUCUAUUCCUUGGUCUGGAAGUCCUGCGACUAUUUUAUGGCUGGAAGGGAAACCUGUGUGAGCGCUCUCUGAUGCUCAUUGUGAGUGUCGGUAUCUUGGUGCCCUGCACAGUGCUAAGCGUCUACUAUCUACUCCUACAGACUUUUAUACUGCGUCUUGAAUUUAUCCUCAAUGCUAUCUUACUCUGCUUCUAUGCUCUGGAGCUGGUUCUGGCUCUAAUAACCAUUGCAGCUUUUUCCAGAGCCAGUGUUUAUUAAGGAUGUUUGUGAAGACAAGGACAUAUUUGUUACAAGAAGUCCUGUAUUCUUUUGUGGUAUCCAGUUUUCAACAUAGCAAUGCUUGGAUCUGCACCACUUACUCAUCUGCAGCACUUUCUCAUCCUCUUUUAACAGCAACUGAGAUUACAAGUGGACGAAGUACUUCAAUAUUUCAUCUCUUUCAUUGUUGUGACAAACCUAUUUUAUUGCUAUUAUUUCCUGCAAUGUUUUUGUUUAUGGAUUUGUAUUCGAUUAGAGUUUUUUUUUUGUAAUUUUGAUAGUACCAAAUGCAUUUUUAAAUAAA